UCCCGCUGCUGCUUCUCUCGGACUCCAUUUCUCUUGUGCUUAAACUACGACGAGCAGCUUGUUUUACUCACCAUAUAUCGACAAACGUUUAUGUGAUGACGAUUUUUACGGAACAUCAUGCCCAGCACACGCUCUCAGGGCCCGGCUCAGCCCACGCUGCAGUUCCCUCGGCGGAAGUCCUGCAGAGCUUCGUCCCGUUCCAAGACCCAGCUCCAUGAGUUGCAGGUCUCCUCCCCAACGAAGCCCGAUGCCCAGAACCUCAGCGCACCCCUGACCCGGAUCGGACCCCUCUCCCCCCGACGCCCCGCGGAGCAGAACCUCGCGCUGUCGCCCCUCUCCCGCCGGCGUCCGGCGCCGCCUCCGCCCCCCGCUCUUCAAGCCCGGCUUCCACUCAGUCCCCGGAAACGCACAGGCGACGACAACAGCUGCAACGUGGGCGCCGCUCUGCUCGCGUCGCCGCCGAAACAGAGCAAAGCAGCCGCCGACUCCCCGCGGAGGCUCUGCUCUGACGAGAACUCGCCGCGGCGCCGCCUCAUCCCGGCCUCGCCGCGCCCCCCCGGCGCCGGGUCGCCCCCGCGCCGCCAGGAGACGCCCCCUGGGAGUCCGGCCUCGAGGCCGGAGCGGAAGCCGCCGGUGGCACGGCUGUUUGCAGACAAGUCGAGGUUUCACGGCGUGAAGCAGGCGCUCCACACCUCCGCCCCCGAGCGCCUCCUGUCCAGAGCCGCCGAGCGCGCCUCCAUCCGGGCCUUCCUGCGGCAGACGCUGCUGCAGGCGCUGCCCGGCAGCCUCUACGUGUCCGGGGCCCCGGGCACCGGCAAGACGGCCUGCCUCAACUGCGUCCUGCAGGAGAUGAAGGCCGAGCUGUCGUCCGUCCAGACGGUGGUGGUGAACUGCAUGAGCCUGCGCAGCGCUCACGCCAUCUUCCCUCUGCUGGCGGAGAAGCUGAGGGCCGCCGGCGGGCUGCACGGCGGGCUGCAGAGGGCCCUGACGGCCCCGGGGCCCCCAGUGCUUCUGGUCCUGGAUGAGAUGGAUCAGCUGGACAGUAAAGCCCAGGACGUCCUCUACACCAUCUUUGAGUGGCCGUACCUGCCCAGGUCUCGACUGUCCCUCAUCGGAAUCGCCAACGCUCUGGAUCUGACCGACCGCAUCCUGCCCAGACUCCAGGCUCGUCCUCAGUGUCGCCCCCUGCUGCUCAACUUCCCUCCCUACAGCCGAGAGGAGCUGGCGGCCAUCGUCCAGGACAGACUCGCGCAGGCUUCGGCCGAAGGGAUCGUCGACGCCUCAGCCGUUCAGUUCUGUGCCAGAAAAGUGUCGGCCGUGUCGGGAGACGCCAGGAAAGCGCUGGACAUCUGCAGAAGAGCUGUGGAGAUGGUGGAGUCGGACGCGAGGAGGAAAGCGGCCGAUUCCAACGCUGACGCCAAAGGUGAGUGGAGUCGUCCCGACGCCUCGAGGCCUCGCUGCCGUCUGUCUAACGGUGCCGCUUCCUGUCCCCGGGCGCGUGCAGCGUCGCGGGUCGGCCUCCCGCAGGUGGCGCAGGUGCUGGCGGACGUGUACGGCGACCGCAUGGCGGCUCCGAGCGGCGGCUCCGAGGGCGAGAGCUUCCCUCUGCAGCAGAAGCUGCUCGUCUGCUGCCUCCUGCUGCUGAGCAGGAACGGGACGAGCAGAGAGGUCGGACUGGGGAAGCUCCACGACGCCUACCGCCGCCUGUGCGUCCAGCGGCAGGUGAGCGCCGUCGCUCAGAGCGAGUGCCUGUCGCUCUGCAGCCUGUUGGAGAGUCGAGGGAUCGUCGCUCUGAAGAAGGCGAAGGAGGCUCGACUCACCAAGGUUUUCCUGAAGAUCGAGGAGAAAGACGUGGAGAACGCGCUGAAGGACCGGACGCUGCUGGGCAGCAUCCUGGCAGCAGGACUUCCUCCUCCAUGAUUCACGUAGUGGCUUCAAUUCAACACAUUAUUUUUAUUCUCGUUUUUGCUGAGAAUCUGGUUUUUAAUGUUUUUUCUUUUUUAUACUAGAUGUUAAACAUCAGUUUUUGUGAAACUUUUUUGCUGCACACGUCCAGAUGUUUUACCUGUAGUUACAAACAACCAGCAUCAAUUAAACCGCCUGGUGCA